UUCAAGACCAACGCAGUCAGGUGUACCUGGUUCUCCUGUCGACGGGAAUUCUUCUCAGGGUUGAUAGGUGCUUUGAAGGGUCAUAUCAAUGCUUGGUUACGCGGGUUAAUCCACCGUGAUACCAGUGACGACAAUACAUGGUUUUGGGUGCCCAUAGUGGAUCAAGAUCACGCUGUGCCUAAUUGGUGCAUUGAUGAGGGCGUGCCCAAAUUCUGUGGAGAAACAGGAACUUUCCCUUACAGUAGUGUUGACCGAGAGCAUCCCCCCAAUAUCUGCCAUGAUUUAGAGUCAUUUAUCUUUCUCGCAUUCGUGCUCAGGGUGAAUGUUACGGGUCCUUACCAUCAACUUCAAGAUUGG